AUGCAACCCUUCUCCCACGGCCCGCCGAACCCGUUGUUCGACGCGACCAUGGACCUAGACCAACAGAACGACCUAAGCUCGUUCACAGCCGGGCAUAGCUGGUCGCGUUUUACCUCGGAGGAGCCACCGCCACCACCAUGCUUUCUACACAGGCUGCCGAUCGAAAUUCUCACCAAGGUCUGCGAAGAAUUGGCUGACGAUAGAAGCAGCCUUGCCCGACUAGGCCGGACCAAUCGGGUCCUCAACUUCAUCGCACUUCCAAUGCUGUACACCCACUUGAGGGACGGUCAGCCCCAGCCUCGGAGGGACCUCGCGCUGGCAGCCACCCUCUUGGCAUACCCGAAGCUUCGCACGGCCAUCAGGUCCAUCGAGUUCGCAGCCUCGUACGAGGGCCCACAGGCGGCCCCCUACAGCCAGGAGAUCAUCUGGGACUUCCAUCGCGUGAUCCAGCGCCUCUUUGGUAUGGUCACCUUCCAGGGGAACAGCGUUUCCGCGCCUGUCAAGACCAUGGCAAUAGUCUGCCUCAUCCCCAACCUCACCACGCUCGAGAUCACCAUGGCACGCAGGUGGGGGAACACCAACUUCCUCUUACACAAGGUCGACAACCGGGUCACCGGCCCCAAGCCCACAUGCAUCCUUCCCAGCCUCCAGAACCUGAUCGUUCGUUUCCCCGUGACCGAGGGGACCGGAUGGGCCGACGGCAUCAACCUCCACAGCCUGAACGGUUUGUUCUAUUGCGCCAAAAACUUACAGUCGAUUACCAUCGAGAGACCACGAGGAGGGACCUCGCUUACCGGCCGCCGCCCCAACGUCACCUGCCUGCGCCUGAUCCACUCUUUCCUCUGCUAUCGCGGCCUGCGGCAUGUGGUCCGGAAAUGCGGCGACCUGACGCACUUCGAAUUCACCAACUAUCCCCACGGCUGGCCAGAGACCUACUUGCCGGCUUCACCCGCCCAAAUUGUCGAAUGUCUCCUCCCGUACAGCGGGACCUUGGAGAAGCUCCACCUCGCGCCAUGGCUUGCCGACCCAUCGCAGCUUCAAGGGAGACCGUAUGAGUUACUCGUACGGUUGCCCAAUUUUGUCGCGCUCAAGCAAGUGGCCAUCGACCACCGGGCCCUCGCCAACCAGAUCGACCACAGGGCGCUGUGCCGGUUGCUGUGGGACUGCCCCCUCCUUGAGGGGUUAUCUAUCAUGGGGUUGGACGGGUUCCCGACGGAGGAGUUCGGGACCUUUACCUACGCCAUGAUCAAGUUGUUCAAGUGGCCGCGCCUCACCAAAAUCAGGCUCGAGAUCGCACGCUGGUGCGCGUUCCCCGCGCGUGCCAACACAGAAUUGCACCGGCACCUGUGGGGCGACUUCAACGUGGUGCGGAUGCGCCGCGCCGGCGUCGAGGUGGUGGGCGUUCCGGCGCUGGAGGAGCGGGGGCCUUUUGCGGACAUGGAUGGAUAG